UCAUUUAAUCAAAAAGACGUUGACAGUUAAAUAAGUUGAUUUUAUUUUCAAGAAAAUAUUGCCGAAAAUUAUUGAUUUACGUGAUGUUACGACAUUAAUUUUCUUAAUUCGAUAUGGGAAAAAAGAGAAACUGGAAUAUAUUAGGCAGGACCAAUUUCCAAAAUGACUCUCAUUCAGGUAAUAACGGGAGCGGUAGAGAUGUUUUUGCUUGUAACACUUACUGGAGUUCUGGUCACUUUAACAGCUCUUUUUAGUCUACUCGAAUUAAUGAUAAUCAGUGUAAAUCCUGUAUGCCUUUACCUAGUUCGACAAUCGGGACAAAUAUUCACUUGUUCGAUCGGCCUAACGAUACGUCAGUUACGACAAAUACCUCGGAAAAUUUGUCCCAGUUCAACGAAUGGACAAGUUCAGGAACCAAUUAUUGCCACAAUUGAACCACUUCCUCCAGACAUAGAAAUAAAUUUACCAAGCCCCCCAAGAGCUUUUGUGUCAACAUUUGAAUAUCCAAUUGACAAUCAUUCAGAAAAAGCACAGAAUGAAGAUGGAAGAUCUCAUCAAAGUGGAGAAAUUCAAAGUGAAGAAAUUGAAAGUGAAGAAAGUCAAAUGGAAGAAAUUCAAAGUGAAGAAAAUCAAAGUAACGCUGUAGGAGAGUGAUUGUUUUAAAACAAAUAUCUCGCACAUAUUUUAUUUUCUAGUAGUGAAUUUUCAAGAAACUUUUUUAGAUCAUUAAAAGAUUUUGAUUAAACAUGAAAAUUUUUAAAACUCACACAAAUAUUAUCCUUUCUUUGAUGAAAUUGACAAUCAACCAGGGUGGCCCCAUUUUAGUUGAGGAAAACAAUUUCCCGGAUUUUUCCAGUUCGCGAAAAAUGUUCACGGUCAUUGAAAUUAA